AAGGUAAAAUGUACCAUUUUUUCUCUAUUCAUUGUGUUGUUGCAGUUACAGCUUUGUCGACAUCAAACAGGUUGAGCAGGGCUGAGGUGGGUGUGGCCCAAAUGCCUCUACUUGCCUCUACCUACCACUUCCCCACAGAAGUUAAUCUUCAGCUGAAACAGGACGGCCGUAAAGACGUUGACACAAAUCACAGCACUGUUGCUUUCUCUCUGGGGCGGAAACAAAUUUCAAUCAUAUGUCUGCCGUGAGGAAAGAAAUCGUUCAUAUUGUUUCGCAUUAACAGAGGACCUGUUGGAUGCACAGAGAGGCUGUGUGGAUUAUCUUGUCAAAUCUAAACAGUUAUGUUGCCAAAUUUAGGAUCAAAGAAGAAGGAAAGACACACAGAGGACUUGCCACAGUUGACCAAUGAGAUGCAGCUGAUCAUCUUGAAUAAGGUGAAGAGCGGAGAAUUGUCCAUCGAAGAUGCUCUGAACCAGGCCAGGAAGGACGGGAUGCAGCUGCCCAAACCGAACACAGCGGCCGAAGAGGAACCUAAAACCUUGCAGUACAACUUCAGUGUUCACAAACACAGCCACUACAGAUGGCAGAAGAGGGUUCUUCAGAUCGAUUUGAACACCAAAAUGCUUUGCAGUAUUGAGAAAGGCAUCAUCAAACGACAACUUCCCUUCCUCCUUGUCAAAAGCUGUGACGAUGGAGUUGGUUCUAGGUUCACCAUUUCCUUCAAAGGUCAUCAUGAUUAUGAACUGGAGGCCACUUCGCUGGAGGACAAGAACACGAUGAUACAGCUUGUGAAUCAGAUCAUUUAUGGGAACAUAUACAGUGACGAUGCAGAAAAACUUCAGCAGCCUGAUGCAUCACAGAGUCUUCAGAAAGGCGUCUUAUUGCUGCACCGGGGCGGCCUGGCCUCCUUCAAAUGGGUGAAAUAUGAAGUGCAGCUGCACCCGGGUCAGCUCACGCUCGACCCCUUCAAGCACCGUGGCCCCGCAAACGGCAACGGGACGUCCUCGGGGCCCUCGUCCAUCGUGAUUCACCUGUCGGAUGGCGACACCAGCGUACACAAACCCGACAUCGCCGACAUGUUCACACUGAUCACCCACAAAAAUGAGUACCAGUUCCGGGUCCCUCCGCCAGAUCAAACGUCCGCCCCCGGGUCCGUCCAGAGGGAGCGAGAUGCUUGGGUCCAGGCUAUCGACGAACUGUGCUCGGGCUGGAAGACGAAGUCCAUUGACGGAAGCAGCUCUGUGAAACCAAAUCCUCUAGCACAUCUCAGCAUAGCUGAGGACGGAGAGGACGCCAACUCGGAGCUUGAGCCAUGUGGCGGUUUGGACGAUACGAACCAACCAGCAGUCGAAAAUGCAAAUCUCCCUUCUGGCGAUAAAGGCCAGUCAUCAGACGCGAGUCGCGCGAAGCCUAUUCCGAAACCUCGCAGGCAAAGCAAGACUGACGUCAUCGGGCCUGACGUUUCGCCUCCCGUCCCAUCGCCAACCUCCCCUGAUGUCUUAGCCUCAUCCAAACCCACCUUCCCACAAGCCCUCACACCCUCAUCCACAACGUCGCUUGUUAAAGAACCUUCAUGGCCAAGCAACCCACCUCCAGCCCCACCCCCUUGCCCCUUAAAAUUCGGGAUGAAGCCAAGAACGCCGCUCACCAAGGCCUUCCACUGGGACGUAGUUGGCAAAGAGAUUGCAAAAUCGUUCUGGGUACAGGAGUGCAGCGGGAGGAUUGAAAUCGACACAUCGCGAUUAUACGAGCAAUUUGCCGUGAAAGAUCUGGGGACGUUCUGUGCGGCCGAGCCAAGCAACAACCAGCCUAUUAUGCUAAACCAGAAGAUCGCGCACACCUUUAACAUUUUCCUCAAAAGUUUCCCGGUGCGAGCGGGAGAGCUGAAGGACAAACUGUUCAUUGUUAAUGAGGAAGACGGAGGCCUGUCUGAUGAGCACAUCACCUCUCUCAGGAGGUACAUCCCCAUGUUGAGUGACGUGGAAAUGUACAAAUCACACAAAGGACCUGUGGCAGAGCUGCAUAUUGUGGACCAGUACAUGAUGGAGAUGUGCAACAUCCCCUUGCUGAGCACACAGCUCGACCUGCUGCUGACCCUGAGGGAGCUUCCGAUCGGCAUGAAGGACCUGCAGCCCCUGAUUAACCAGAAGAUCAGAAUGUGCACGCAGCUGAACAACUGCAGGUCAUUUGCUUCGGUGCUGGAGUACCUCCUUGCCAUCGGCAAUUACCUCAACGAGAACGCCAUGAAGGAAAAGGCCAAGGGAUUCCGCCUCUCCUCCUUAACGAAUCUCACCCAGCUGCGUGGGACAGACAGGAAGUUCACCUUGCUACACGCCCUUGUGGAGCAGAUCAUGUUGCAUGAGCCGAGCUUGACCGCUUUUACCCAGGAGUUGGCAGAAUUUGAAACUGUCCCGGGAGCUUCCAUCAAAGGCCUGACCGCAGAGGUAGAUGUCCUGAAGAAUGAACUGCGGAAAGUCAUUCAGUACAAAAAAACCUACAAGAAGAUAAAUGCUGGAGUUCAUCACCAAAACUUCUACAAAGACCUGAAGGCUUCAAUUGAAAAGUACAACACGGAUCUCUCGGCACUGACGAAGACAUGCGAGGAGAUGAAGAAACUCUACUCCGCCACACUGGUCAGAUUCUGUGAACCAGCGGGCCGAGACUCUCAGGAGUUCUUUGGAUUGAUCUGUCGUUUUGUCCAGGAAUUCAAGGGGGCCCAUGCUGAAAUCCUUUGAGUCACAAGCCAAAUGUAAAUUUAGAUCACUUAUAAACGUAUUGCGUGUUGAGCAUAUUCUUAAUCACAGGGGAGGAACACCAAGACACGUCAUUGUAUGAGCUUGUUUGUACUUUUGAUCCGUGGAGGCGAUGUAUUGCCGACAUGCAGUAUGAAGUUUACAGCUCCUAGACGGGGCAAUAGGAUGCCAGUGGAAAUCCAUUUUGUGAAUAUUAAACUGAUCCUGUUGUGUCCCAGUAUUUCAUUUCAGGAGUUGUUUUUGUGAUGUUUACUUUAUUUUGAGACGCAAAUCAUUAAUGCAGGAUUUGCAACCUCUGGGUCUUAAGAAACGCUUGGAUGCCGAGGUGUGCUGCCGAAACCCACGGCUGUCUGCUGGCAGCAAAACAAAAACCAAAAAAAAAAAUCACUCUGGAUGCCAACGCAGGCUGCUGUACUCUGGAUGUGUGAUUAUUUCCAUCUCGCCUCAACGUUUUCCUUUCCCAAAAAAGUGCCACGAACUUUGCCACGAACGCCAUACGCAGACGUCCUGUGAGGAGGUGUAGAACCACGUUCCAACCGGGUGGUGCCAUCGAGUGGAGCAAGGUGGGGAAAAAUCUUCUUCGACUUCUCCGGAUGCAAAAAGAUAUCUGAAAUAUGGAGGCCGUAGGUCCCUCUAGCUCUCUUAAAUGAGGACAGAGUAGACAUGACCAUUUUAAUCUUUCAUUUGUUAAUAAUGUUAACGGUCAUAUUGUAAAGAGCAGUUUUUGGGGAUUUCUUAUUGCAUGGUCUAUGAUGAUGAUAUUUGGAUGUCUGCUCUAUACUUCAGACCUCCGCCGUUCAAUCAUAACGUUGAAUACUAAUUAAAA